GGGCGGGGCCGGGCUGCGCUGGCGCGGAGGGGUGAGGGGGGACGCCCUGAGGGGACGCCGAGGCCUCGCGUCCCUCGUGCCGAGAUUACAGCUGGAGGAAUUCUAAACAACCCGAGCCUCCUUGUCGUGGUGUUUAAGUGCAUUGUGCUCCUGUCUGAGCAGAGGAAAUCGCUGAGGUCAGUCUCCCUUGUGUUUAUAGCUGCUUUCCCUUUCAGAACUAUAGGGGCAAAGAAUCAUCCAAAUAACAGUUUUUACUGACAUCCUGACAAUGAAUUAAUAGAAACAAUGGCAUGAGACACGCAGCUUGUAAAAGACCUGCUUCUAGGUGUCGCUUUCACCCUUAAAUUCAGGGCUAUGUACCAAAGUAAGUGUUCUCAGGUACCCCACAAACAUUUGGGGUGUCCCAGGAAUGAAAUAAUAUGAUUUUGUAAACCCAGUAUUGCUGAUGCUGCUACAGUCGAGCAAAACAAGCUUCCCUCCCGUUGUCCUACAGAGGUAUUUUGUACCGUCAGAAGGCUGUAUUUAUAAGUGGGAGAUGGUGCUGGAGCCCAUUUAUCCAACCUUCACUUCUACCUCUAAAUGAGCAGACGGUUCUACUGGGGAUUCUUUAACCUGGGGCUAAGUGGAACAGCAAGGAGUGAUCUGCCCAUGGAGCCAUAAAGUGGAAUUAAGGAUCAAGUUCUUCUGAAUCUUGGUCUUGUACUUCUUCCUACAGCCAAGGAACUGAACCAGCUUAUGUAUGCCUGCAUCUUGGAUCUGCACCAGUGUAUCCAUCAGGUAGCUGUAUGCAUGGCUAGCACCAUCUGAAGGAGGUGCUAGGACAUCAGUAAAUAGAAAUUACAAAUUGCACGGCGGUUCAGCUGACAGGCAGAACUGGUUUCAGUGCAUUGUUGCAGUGUGCUGCUGCAGACCUGGUCUGGGGGCAGACCUGGACAGCAUUCCAGUGCAGACAGGACCUGUAAAGUGUGCAUCAGCACUGCAUGAUAUCGUAGGAGAGGAAGUAGCGAACAAUACCGUGUCCAACGGAAGCUGUGGCAAGAAUUUAUCCGAGGCUCAUUGUAAUUACUCAAGCUGGGAAUUUGGCCAGUGCACUGGGGUUAACACCCCUACUUCUUUAGGAGCGUCAUAGUUUAUUUUUUUAAUGACUUUAAGUGAUGAGAAGCUUGGCUGUCUGUCUCAGCAGAACAGCACUGCCUCUUGCAGUAUAAACUUCUUACAACACAAAGGAGCUGCUCCAGAACUAACUCGGAGUGGUGGAGCCUGGCUCAGUAAUCACUGCUAAAUAAAUACUCUCAGUAGAUAAGAAAGAUAAGAGUGUGAUUAGGGCAGUUUCAGCUGCUGUAAUCACAGUCGUACCUUCCUUAGCCUUCAGUCCCCACGCUCCACUCUGACCUUUUUUAAGCGAGCAAAUGUAAAUUUCAGAAUAAAUCAUGGAAUCCGAGCCAGUGAAAUUUGGUUAUUAAUUAUAAUUGCAGUUAUGAAUCACAGUUGUCUCUGCUUCUAUUCUAGGCUAUUUGCCAUCGUAUAAGCAGAAUGUGAUUUACCCAAAUAUAUAUAUUUUUUAUCAUUUCACGAAACUCUUAUGAUUCUAUUAUGCACUGAUUUAGAAACCAGCUUUCACCUUGUUCUCUGCUUGUAAAGAUAAGCAGUUGUGUCUUUUAGCACAUAGAUAGUUGUGAAAUGCACAAGCGAGGAACUGUUUUAUUUGCUCAUCAAACGUGCCAUCAUUCCAGGAGUAGCUUAGACCAUUAUCAUGGGUUAGAAGGUUAUACAGGAAAAACACGUUCUAGAGAAAGGCUGGUCAAAAUAGAGGAGAUAGCCUUAGAAAAGCAGAUCAUAACAACCUGUAUCACUCAGUAUGUGUCAGGCAGAGUCCUGACAGUUUGUCAUAAUGACAGAAAUGAAGCAAUACCAACACUGUUACAUAACCACGUUUGUAUUAUAAGAAAACAAUAACACUUCACUGCGCUCUUACCUUUUAUCAGAGAAAUAAGAUUGUUCUUUGCUGUCUGCUCGUGGUUGUCCCAUGAUUCAGGAGAGCAGUGCUGUCCAUGAAGAAAAGGGGAAAGAGACACGAGAGGAGGAAGUAGUUACCGAGGUCACGUGGGGAAGCAGUGUCAGAGGCAUGAGCAGAAUCUCAGCCUUCUGACUGUCCCACUCUGCCCUCAGGGCAACCAGACAGAAGUGCAAGAGUGGCUUGCCCUGUGACUCAACUGCUCUUCCUUCCUCAGCAGCUGGCAUGCUGGGCAAUUACAAAUAAGUGCCAGUGUGCCACUUGCAUCUGUGUCGGGUUCCCAAGGGACUCUAGGCAGGCAUGUCUUCUGCUGGAGAAGGCUGGAUGGAAGGAUCUCUGCAAUGCAUUUCUUUGGGAGCAUUUUUAGAACUUGGAAAGAUUCUCUUUUUGCCAGAUGUGUGUUACUUUCCUCUGAUUUCUUUCAUAACUUGUGUAACCUGGGGACACCCAGGGUUUUUUACCCUCCUCUGCAAUGGACUAACAACAAACUUGUGACAUAUGUGCCAAAUGAACUUAUAAUGAUAUGAGAUAAUGCUUGGGGGGAUCCUGUAAGCUUCUCCUUGAGGGGAGUGCUGAUGAGCUUUGUGGCCUUGCACAGGUUUGCCUUGUGGCUCAGAAUGGGAUCGGGGCCAUUGAUCUGGGCUGAUGCUAAAACUGGGAGACAGUUCUUCUGGAAGUUCAUUCUGUAGCAAGAGGGUGCUGGUGGUGUCUGAGUCCUCCUACCAGAUACAGGGUGAGGCCUUGCAUCUUCAUCUGAGCAGCACCUCCAGUUUUGAUGUCCUCAUGCUUCUCUGUAUCCAACACCUGCGUUCUGUUUAGGUGGCUGUCAGCAAUUGUCCUGUUGUGAUACACUAAUGCUGGGAUGCACUUCCAGAAUACCAGUUCAGCCUUGGCCUUGAGGAAUAAGUGAUGGAAGGAAACAGCACAGGAGGAGGCUCUGUCUUGGUUCUGGUCUUUGGAUGGAUGGAUAAGGAGAGGUCUGUGGCACAGAGGGGUGAAAGGUGACUAAGAGUGUGAAACUUGCAAAAAACUCAUUAUAAUCAUGCAAUCUUCAGGUGGUUUUCUUUCUCUGGAAGAAGCCACCUCGUGUCAGUUGGCCUGCUGGCAGUUGUUGCUCACCCGGAUAGAAGUAUUAAACAGUUAUUUCUCUGCUUAGAAAGUUUAAUACAACGUCAUAGCAGUGAGGCUACAACACUACAUAUUGUUUUCUUCUUUCAUAGUUUUGUGUCCAUGCUCACAAAGCUCUCGUGAACAAGCUCUGUUGAAUUUUGCUGUGGCUCUUUGAGGUGUUGCUGGUCUAGUCCUGCUCCACGGCUUGCUUCCCCAUAGCAGAGCCAGCAGAAAGGUUUACUCUGUGAUUGGUCCAGGGCAGCAUCCCCCAGAAGAGCAGCUUGCUGGAGGUGAUGAUUUAAACCACUGAGCAUGUUUCCUAGGAGGACUCUUACUUUCCUAAUUAGCAUGCCUGCUUUUCCAGUGAGCUGCAGUGAAUGGCUUCCCCAUUGACCCAGUGGAUCCCAGUCUUGCAUUUUACAAGCAAAACGACAUGAUGUUGUAAAUGUACUCCUUGGAACUGAUUCUCCUCAUAACCUGUAAAACUGUUGUGAAAAUAUGGCCCUGUCCCUCAGCAGUUCUGCAGUCACCUCUCUGAGACGCUGUGUUUCACUCUUGAAUCAAAUUUUAGACCAGAAAAAGGGUUAGGCUGCAUGCAGAUUAACAGAUCUGUUGCUUGUAUCUCUGGCUACUGCAGCAUGACUCACCCAUCAGCGCCUGUCAGCAGCUGUGUGACCUCAUUGGAAGCUUCAACAUCUCCUGUGUGAAGGUAGCUCGUAAUCCAGAGUAGGAAUCCUGGGUAGGUGGAGAGACCGUGGUGAUACACACAGCAGGAGUGUUCUCUGUAGAAAUCAGAUGUGCCCUCAGCCAGGAAUCACCGUAAAAAUCCUUGCAUAUUUCUGAAGAUCCUUAAAUGCUGAGGCUGCCUUUCCCUUGCCUCUACUAAAAAGCACCUGUAGCUUUUCAAGACAGUGAUUGGCAUCACUGCUGACAGGAAAAUGUGAAAGUAGAUAGGUCAGGGAGGAGAAGCUCCUUUAUUUGCAAGGGCAAGGAAGAGCUGAUGGCUCCUCUUUAUUUGCCACAUCUUCUAUUGACGUGAUGUACUGACACAGGAACAACAGGGCUGCUGGCAUGCUGUUUGAGGGAGACAGGUUUAAAAACAGCAAGAGGAUCUAUAAUAAAAGGAAAGGAUGAGUGAAUUAACUUGUGGUACCUUACACGUGUAGCUUAGAGAAGUAGUGUGAUGGUGAAACAAAAAGUGGGAGGCAGCACUUUAGGCAUCAGAUGGUUGUCUUCAGCUGCUGCUUGCUGGCUGAACACAAAGCUUGUGCUCCUUGUCUCUGCCUCCUGCCAGGGGCUGUUACACAGUUCCUCAGACAGGGGUAGAGCUGGCAUUGACUGAAUGUGGUUAUGCAGAGCUGCUGCAGACCAGCUCUGUUACCUAGCAAGUCUAUUCUCUUGCACUUUGCCUCAGGUGGAUGGUAGUAUUGCUUCUGCAUUCCGUAAAUUUCUUUCUUCUGCCCGGGAAUGUGGAUUCUCUUGGUGAAUAUUCUGUUCCAAGAGAAUUUGUUUCACGUUUCGGUGCUUCUUUAAGGAAGGUGUAGGUGGUCUUACAGUUGAGGCACGCAUGGGAGGAGGAACUAGGCAGCAUUUUGUGUCUCUUCGUCCAGGAUUCCCUGCCACCAGGGUCAGCCAGGUCCUGCAGCUGUCUGCCUGGCUGCUGUGUGAUUCCAGCAUGCAAUAAGCUCGUGUGUCUGCCUGCUUUCUGGAACCAAGAUGUGCAAUAGAUGCAGAGCACAGCUAGUCCUGGAAAUGAGUCUCUGCGGCUCUCUGCAUGGAGGCCGAGGUCUGGGUGAUGUUUUGAGACUGAGCUUGCCUUCGCUGGGUGAUCUGAUGGGUGUGAAGGGCAAGAGAUGGAGGGCCCAUAGCAGUGCUGUCUGUGCUGCAGUCACCUGCGGGUGUGAUGGUUUAACUGUUCAUUUUUUUUUUGCCAGUAUUUGAAGUUUCAUUGCUUGAUUUACAUCUGAGUAAAUUUCUUUAGUAUCUUGGAAGACUUUUCUUUCCAGUAUGAAAGCUUACCUCGGGUUCCGAUGGCAUCCUGCUCUUACCUCCAGCUCAGCCCUCACCACUGCUCUCCGCUUUUGACAUGGAACGGGCAGACACCAUUUGUGACCGUGCGAAUAUCCUGAGUCACACACUACCAGCUGGCUUUUGUGCUGCAGUUUUCCCUUCUCCCUUUACGACUGCACUCCCUAGAGGAGACCUGAACAAUUGCACUCGUCAGCAGAAGCGCAUGGUGUGCCGUGCCUGGAUGGCACCAUUGGUGGACGACCUCUGGCUGUGUCUGUGGGGUGAGUGGUCUGUGGUUUGUUGCUGUGUGUCUGCUGCUUCCAUUCCAGAGAGCAGAACGGGUGAAGGGGUACUUCAAGUGCAUUUCCAUUGUAUUUACUACUAAAAUAUCUGCAGUAUGGAGAUGGCAAUGUGAAGUCUUCAUUAAAUAAUUAUUGGGAAGGAGUGAUGACACCAGUGGUACUGUAGAAGAUAGGUAGAUAGAUAAAUUGUGUUCAAAUGAAUGAACUAAAGGCAUCUCUGAGGCUUCUAGUGAAGCCCUCACUGAGCUUUUUGAUCCAGCAGGUCUUGGCAUACAGUUGCUGGACACACCUGAGUCUGCUGCAGUUCCGUUCUGACCAAACAACAAUAUAUUAAACGCCAUUAUUCUGUCUAUGCUAUUUCUAUGUAUUCACAAAAAACAAGUUGAUUUCUUACUAAACUACUUCUAAUGUACACUGCAUAAAAUGUUAUUAGUAAAUGGCCAGCUGAUUUCAGAAGGCUAUAACAUACACAAACCAUUAACGUUUGUCCAAGACCAGAUGGGUUAAAGCAGCUCAUCCUGCAAGGCAGAGUUGUCAGUGAAAUCAAUCAAGUCUUUGUUUGGAAGCAUUUGGGACAGCCCAUACUGUGGUGGUCCUGCAAUGGAGGAGAGAUGUGGGCUGUGCUGACUCAGAAGACAGGUGCUUGUUGCAUCCAUUGGGGAAGGAGCAGUGCACCUUAGGAGCAGCAUGUGGGUUUUGGUGGGAGAAGUCUUGCAGAGCCUCUAGAAGAAAGUCAGGGAGGGAAAAAGAAGACAUAAGGUGGACUUGGAGCUGAGGACAUCCUGGUUCCUCUUACUGUGUGGGAAGCUUGUGCCAGGCAGGAUAGUGCUGUUAAUGUGACUGUUUGAAGAGAGUUGGGAAGGCAUGAGCCGUAGGUAGAGAUAGCAGCAGUCCUGAGAGGAGUUUUCGGGGGGGGACGACUGACAGCUGUUUAAAAACUCACAUAGAUGUUUACUCACUUGCUCCUGCUUGACGUGCCUGACUCAUCCAUCCCUGUCUGAACAUACCAGUUCCCAUUUUUUCUCUUCUCUCCUUUUGUUAACCUCAUCUUUCCUAUUCUUCAAGCUUCCUUUUGUAGCUGGGUUUCAUUCUGUUAGAUCCAGUUGAUUUGGCUUCUGCUCUGCCUGGGCUUUGCACCUGCUACAGCCCCAGCAAACUUGGCAGCAACCCUUCGGCUCUGCAGAGAAAACAACUGUCUAGACCAGGAACCUUCUGCCUGAUGCCCUGGAUGGACCCCAGGCACUAAUCUGCAUCCACAACGGCGCGUUGUUGUGUCUGUUGCAAAAGAUGGAUAAAAUCUUUGUGGACUCCUAAUUGCACCUUUAGCCUCCUGCUAAAGCCCCGCUGCCCCAGGCAAACACAGAGCCUGUCAGCGUCCUGCAGCUCACCGUGCAGAGAUGGGACCAAAAUAGCUUCACAACUUCACAACGCCACUAAAAAUAGCUUGCAGGUCAGCUCCUUUCUUAAAGGUAGUGGUGAUAUGGGAGAGCGCUCCUGCUGCUGUUCAGUGCAGGUGGAGCUGGGUAAACAAGGGGAAAAGCUGCUCCCACCAUCCUCAGGGGUUUAAUCUGUUGUGUGUGUGAGCCUGGCUGUGGAGAGGAGCCUCAGCCAGGUUUGGCAGUGCCUGAUUUGCAAUGCUACGGGAAGCAAAUGUAGGUUAGGAGAGGUUUGCCUUGCCUGCAGCCGCCUGUGCUGCCGAGGGAGCUGCGCUGCAGCAGGCGGUGCUGGCAAGGAUUUCCUUUGUGCUACAGCUUUCAUGCCUAGUGAUUUUAUGGGGCUGAAAGGGAGGGAGGAGGUGACAAAACGGUGAAAACCUGAGGCCAGGUCGUUGCUGUCAGAUGGGGACGGAGUCCUGCAGCAGUCAGAGGUGACAGAACACACUGAUGCUGCUACUAAGAAGCUCGAGAGAAAUGUGACUGAGUGAUACAGUGCGCAUGUGCCUAUGGAGAAAGGAGGCUAUCUGUGAGCUCUAGCAGUGCUUUUCUCUGCCCAGCAACAUCUCUGCUUCUUUCCUACGUUCUGCUUAAGCAGCUGUUCUGCAUUUAUGAUCUGAUCUGCACGCUGAGUCAACGUCGCUGUAACGACAUGGAUGGAGGGCAGAGGUCCGCAGGUUUGCUUUGAGGAAGCCCCAUAAACAGGGUAAUAGCACCAGAGUUACUGUUCUCUCGAACUAAAGGGAGAGAAAGUAAGCUGCCAAUCAAAAAGAACAUCUCGUGGCACAGGCAGAUGUUUCUGAUGGCGAUGCCGGAGCCAGCAGAACCCCUGCAGCAGCGCAGCCCCAUGGUGCUGGAGGCCCUUCCAGACUGGAGGUGUGGCGGUGGUCUGCAUGUCAGCAGAGCAGUCCCAGCAGCGUUCAGCAUGGAUGAGGUAUUGAACGCAUCCCUGUGCCUCUGGGGGGCAACGUGGCUUCUGCUGACGUGUGAACGCUCUGCUUGGCAGCCUGGUGCGGCACAUCACAGCUCAGAUGGGUUCUCCCAGGCGGCUGUGCAGCACAGAACUAAUACAUGGAAUACAGGCUCAGCACCGUGAGUCAGCACUGCCGGAGCCCAGACUUGUUUGCAGCAGCAGCGAGGCGGUGCGGGAGGUGUGGGCUGCGGGAGCCCUUCUGCCCAAACGCCAUCCGGGAUGAAAUGGGGCUAACAGGGAGCAAAAGGCUGAACGGUGCUCGUGGACUCGUUCUGCACCGACCUGCCAGUCUGCAGGCCCCAAAAAUACAGGCACGGCCCAAAGGUUUCUAUUCAGGGCCCAGCAGUGGAAUAAGGAACAUGAGCCGUGGGAUAUCCCGUGUCACCGCAGGCUGCUCAGCCUGGAAGGGGCUGGUGGCAAAGGGAGGAAACGUCAGAAACGCCAUGGACUAUUUUAGAUCUGCAACCUCAGUUCUGCAAAGGACAGCCUGCUGAUGUGCCACGCUCAGCGAGCAGCGGGGAGGAACCCCACGGCAGGAAGAGAGGCUAUGGAGAGCUGAACGGUAACGCGGGGGACAGAGAGGUGUCGUUGAAGGCUCUGUGCUCGGAGGAGACCGCCAGCCCCACGUCCAGGGUGCCCAAUGGCAGCCAGCAGCUCGCAGACGCUAAUGUGACCCCGAAGCCGUCGGUGAAGGGCAGCUCCCUGGGGAAAGCCGCGAUCAAACCCAAGAACUUCGUCCAGAAGAAUAGCAUGGACAAAAAGAAUGAGAAGCCCUACGACAGCAAAGCGAGGGAGGGUCAGCCUGCAGACAAACAGGACGGGCUGUCCGUUCCCAACGGCGUGGUGAGCGGCGGUGCCGCCUACAUCACCAACGGCUUCGUGGGCAAAGGGGCCGACAACGAUGGGAGCGGCUCCGAGAGCGGCUACACCACCCCAAAGAAACGGAAGGGCCGCCGCAACAGCGCCAAGGGCUGCGAGAGCUUGAACCUGGUGCAGGACAAAGCGGUGCAGCAGGAGGUCGGCACGGCCCUGAAACAGGAACUGGAGAGUUUCAAGCCCGAUUAUAGCGAGCAAAAGGGGAACCGGAUCGAAAGUACGAAGCCCGUUUGGAAAUACGAGGCGGGGGGCGGCGGGGCGGGCCGGGGGAGGCCCGGGCUCAGCGAUGUGCAGAGGAAGAACUCGGAUGCCAAAGCUGGGAUCGGCGGCAAGAAGUUUGAUGAGCGGCCCAAAGGGAAGCACGCUUCGCCGGCCGCGUCCAAGGAGGACUCGUGGACCUUAUUUAAACCGCCCCCGGUUUUCCCAGUGGACAAUAGCAGCGCUAAAAUCGUUCCCAAAAUAAGUUAUGCAAGCAAAGUUAAGGAAAACCUCAACAAAGCGGCUCAGCCCCCGUCUGCGUCUUCAUCGUCGUCGUCGUCGUCUUCGUCAUCUGCCGGGGAGGCUCAGCCCGCGCCGGCCGGCCGGCUGUCCCAGGUCCCCAUGUCUGCUAUGAAGUCCGUCACUUCUGCCGGCUUUUCCAACGGGCCCCUCCUGGCCGGGGCGGACGGCGCCGCGUACCCCCCGGGCGCUCAGCCUCUGCUCGCCUCCGCCGCUGCCGCCGUCCCUCCCGCCCCCGCGGACGCGGUGCCCCCGGACGUCGGCGCGGCCCCGGCGGCUGCGGAGCAGAAGAAAUCCAACCUUUUCAUCUACCCUUCCGAUAUGCAAACGGCGCUGCUGGGUACGGCUCAAGUGGAUUUCCCGUCGCAGGCCAAUCAGCAGAACCUGGGAGAUAUCUUCCAGAACCAGUGGGGUUUGUCGUUCAUCAACGAGCCCAGCGCCGGCCCCGAGGCCGCGGCGGGGAAAUCUGCCGAUAACCCGUCGAUGGAAGUGACGUUUCAGGGGGAAUACCCCGCCGCCUCGGGCUCGCACGGUGCCGAAGCCGUUCCCUCGGGAGCCGAGCAGCCCGCGUUCCCCAAGGCGUACGAGCUGGACAAACGGACUAACCCAUCCCCAGCACUCAGCGCCGCCCCAAAGCCUGGGACUGCUGGGGAGGGCGGCGGUGCAGCCCCGGAGCCGCAUCACCCCGGCGAGCUGCAAAAGGCAGACGCCGGCAGCCAAGGUGCUUUAGUGUUUCUUUCAAAAGACUAUGAAGUAGAGAACCCUCUGGCCUCUCCCACGAACAAUUUGUUAAGCUCCGCCAAAGAACAGGGGUACCAGAGAGGCCUAGAAAGGAAAGAUAGCUGGGGUUCUUUUGACCUGAGUGCUGCUGUUAAAUAUCACACUAAAGAAAUGGAAGCGGUUUGGAAUUUGCAGAAGCAAGAUCCCAAAAGGAUAAUCACCUACGACGAAGCCAUGGAUCACCCGGAUCAAUGAAGGUAGCAAGACAAGACUGCCUGUUAUAACCUUUCUGCAGCAUUUGUGCUGUCCGUGGGGGACAAAAGGCUUUUAUGCUCCUUCUAAAUCUUCAGUGCAGCAGAGGAACCGUAAUUAGAAUCACAGGAUAAUAUAUACAAAUAUAUAAUAUAGUUAUUUAAAAAUGGCGACUGAAAGUAAUUAGACUUCUUAAGGAAUCGGAAAAAUUAUUUCAACGAGACUACACACGUGAUUAUUUAAUCUCCGGUACUGAAUAGAUUUUUUUUUCCAUUAUUUUUGUUUUGUUUUGUUUUUGUUUAAAGAGUGAAUGCAAGUGAUUAACGAAUACAGACUCAAUUUGCAAGCCCGGUUCUAAAGUUCCCGCUGUCGUCUGCAUGGGCAACAGCAACCCACUGGAGAGGCAUUUCCACCUGAUGAGGUCUCUGUCUCUUGUUCUGUGACUGUAAUGACACACUAACCACAGGGAAAUCAGGAUGAUCCACCAUCCUUCAUCUCCCCUUCCCCUUUUUGGUUUUUUUUUUUUUUUUUUUUUUUUUUUUUUGUUUUAUCUUUUUUUUUUCCUGUUUUGUUUUCCAUUGAACGCUGGAGAAACACCUUGAAGUUUGCAGACUUCUUUUGUUUUUUUUUCUUUUUUCUUUUUUCUUUCCAGAGAAUUCUAAACGCAUGUUUUGCCAGGAGUAAAGCAGCCAGCCCUAUUCUGGGAAAUUUGUCUUAAAGCAUCAUUCUUUUGGGGGGAAAAACGGUCAUACUGCAGUUCUAGGAUGCAUGGUGAAGUCACACCGUUGACCUGGCUCCGGUUACACCUUGGACUAUUGCAACUGAAGAGUUGUUCUGUUUUAAAAGACAACAUGGAAAACUGAGUAAUUGGUUUAGGCAUUUAAUAUGGUUUAAAAAAAAAUAGAAAAAAAAAAAACCAACAAACACCACUGUUCCCACAGUUUAAUGCCAUUGUAUAACUGGGAGCAAAAAAAAAAAAAACAGCAAAAAAAAAAAAAAAAGGAAAAAAAAAAGGAAAAAAAAAUCUCUUGCUUUCAACCGUAGGUGCUUCAUAUUUGCUGUGUCUGUCUCCUAACACUAAAUAUGCUGGAUUUUUUUUCCCAUUUUCAUUGAUAAAACUGAGUCAGAUUUCAAUGAUAAAACUGAGAUAGAAUCGAGUUCUGCUAACUCUCACCCUUACGAAAUUGGUUUGGUUUGGUUCUCUUAAAAAAUUGGAAAAUGAAAAAAAAAAAAAAAAAAAAAAAGAAGGAAAAAUGGGAAUUUGAAUCCUCCUCGAUUUGUCCAUAGAACGCCAAUGGCCGGGCUUCCUGCACCUGCCCUUGGAAAUGCUCUUUUAUAUUUUAAUGUAGUCUGUGUAUUUCCGGGCUCUGCUUCUAAUGAUCUCUUAAUAAAAGUAUAUUUUAUUACCAAAAAAAAAAAAAAGAGGACUUAGGAAUGAAAAUAAUUUAAAAAGAAAAAAAAAAAAGAAAAAAAGAAAAGAAAAAAAAAAAGGAAAAAAAAAAAAGAAAAGAAAUCCAACCAGAAGGAGAGCUUUCAGGCAGUGGUGCUGUGUAACCCGCUCUGUCCCAUCGCAGCACGUCCCGGCCAUCCAGGCUGGUGGUUCCUGGGUUGGUGAAGGUGGAAAGGUGGAAGUGCCCUGGGUCCAACUGAGGGCACCAGAGGGCUGUUCUCCAACCAGUCUGGAUCCCCGGGGGCAUUACAGGAAGCAGAGAAGCCCAAAGCUUUUGCCUACCCCUUGUGCUUAGAUUUAUCCGCUUUUGUUUCGUUUUGUUUUGAACUACGAGUAUGUAGCAUGCGUUUUUGUUUUUUUUUUUAAUUGCUUUUGUUCUUUUAAUGAGAUUGUUCCUGGAUGAAGCGCUGAGGUUCACGGUGGGACGAUGGAACUGAAUUCUGUACCUUUUGUAAGACCGCUAGCUUUCUGCAAUGCUUAGUUUUACAAGUUUGACUACGGAUUGCCUACUCCAUUUAUGUAUACAGUACUAUACAGUGCCGUACCCGGUAUGGUGCUAUAUAGUAGUGAUGUUCUGUACCAGUCCAAGGUCUGAAAUCUGUGGUUGGCCAGUCGCAAAUAGUUCUGUUUCACCUAUAACCUGUAUCACCUUUGCGGGUGUGUGUGACUUGCGGAUGUACAACAUGUUUACAGAUGUGCCCUGCAUCUAGUCCUCCUCUGUUCCUAUUCGAAUUCUGUUGAGUCUCCCAACUGCUUGCCAAAAGUGGGAAUUGCCUCUGGCUCUGCUGCAAAAGGGCCAGGGCAUUCCUGAGCUUUAAAGCGUUGAACAAACUGGAUAAUGGGGCUGGGAGGGGUAAGGAAGAAGAAAUCUUUUAUUAUUAUUAUUAUUAUUAUUACUAUUAUUAUUUACAAAAUGAAAAGCAAAGUGUUUGCAAAGGCUGUUUGCAAAGCUUCCAGUUUGUUUUACUGGCUUUAAGGCUCUGCUGUGUAUUUAUUUGCCUUGUGUAGUCACUUGUCGCCUUAAGGGCUGGGUUCCAUUAAAAAACACAAAACCAAGACCUGUUUCGCUCCCUGGGGCGUCGAGCCUAGAAAUAAAUACAUGUGUGUGGCCCCUUACCCCAGCCCCGUCUGCCUUCUGGGUAGAAGCUCAGAAAGAAGCACGGGCCCAGCAUUGGGUUGGUUGGGUUGAGUUGAGUUGGGUUACGUUGAGUUGCGUUGCGUUGUGUUGGGUUACAUUGAGUUGCGUUGGGUUGGUUGGGUCCUUCUGACAUUCUCUCUCUUGGCCCCAUGCUGUCGGUGGUACCGAUGCACAACCACCACCUUUCCUGCUGUAUCCCUGACCAUCCUCUCUCCUACCACCCCUCUGGUUGUCCGGCUGUCCUCCCAGCACCUGCUGAGCACUAGGCAGAUAGGAGCUCCUCUUGGAGCUCUUGUAGCUCUGGCUUGCUGAUGAAGGGCCGCGGGGCAGGCAGGCAUUGCCCCAAGACACACAGGGCUGCAGAGGAAGCUCCCUCUGUGCUUCGUGUAACUCGCCCUGUCCAUCUUCAGUCCUCCCUGUGUCCUCACACAAUUCUUUGCUGAGCACUUAUUAAAAAUAUCUUAAGAUUUAAUCUGUUUUCUGAUUAUUUUUGUGUAAACGUUUAAAAAAAAAAAAAAGGAAAAUUGAGAAAAUUGAGCUGUGACUAAUUUUAGCACAUUUAAAUAAUGCUAAAGUGUUACUGAUGAGACUCCUGGUUGGUUGGUUGGAUUCAGAGUAUUAGUACUGUAGCAUAAACCAAAUACAGCCCAGUGGGGCGAGCGCGUGUGGGGCUGGGGCUGCUGGUGCUGGCGUCACGCGAGCGUGUGUUUAUUUGUGCCAUUGCUUUUGUUACACUGAGCAGAGUGAGCUUAAAACCCUUAUGUAUGUGUAGUGUUGGAAAGCAGCUCUAAGGGUGAGAUGGUGACCUCCUUCUUGUAGAGAUGAGGAUACUAAUUCAGGUUAGGGCUGCUUUCACGUCUCGGUUCUCAUGAUGGGUGCCCCGAGUCCUUUCCACCUGGUUCCCUUGCAAGAUUUGUUAUUGACAUGAGCAAUGGAAGGGUGUACAAGCCUGUGGGUAUCUCUGGUGCACACUGGAGCUUGGUGAUUCCCCACGUCUCCAGCAAGUCCUGCAGGUGUCCGUUGAGCAAAGUCUUGGUCAUGUGCCACUAAGCGGUCCCCACACUUGGUGGUGAUGGCUUGAGGAGGGCUCAGAGCUGCUCCUCCAGCAGCAGCACGAGGACCUGCAGCCCCUUGGGCCCCCUGCCCCUUGGUGCUCCGUUUUCUAUGCCUGUUUGCUGGGUCAGCAGCGCUGUGGUGUUGAGGUUCGGUUGGGUUGGUUGUUGUAAACUCUCCUCCGUUAUCUGUGAAAUCCAAACUCUUCAGUUUCUGGGAUCUGUGUGCUGGCGUGGCCAGCUCCGGCGCGUGGUUUCUGUUGCUCACCAUCACCUUUUCUGUCCUGUCAGCCCUGCUGUUUGCCUUUCCCAGAUGCUGUGAGCUUUGAAACGCAGCAGAAACCAAUUCCUGCUAGAUCCCAGCCGUGCUGCUCUGUGAUGGCCAGUGGUUGGCACCGGGGAGCACCAGCUGGCUCAGCCAAGGCAGGAAUUGCUUCCUGCUUGGGAAAAAAAUAAGUUAUCUUCAAAAUCAUGUCUGUGAUGCAUGCUGUUUUACCUUGAGGAGAGCAUCAUCUCGGCACGUAGCAUCCUUUCCCCCUGACACGGAGCUGCUUGGAGCACUGAUGCUCAUAGCCAGGAGCUUUCCUGCGUGCCACUUUUGCUCUCAAUUUGGUGUUCUCAAUGCAUUGCUGCGGUGCGCGGAGCUGCCGGAGCACUGUCCUGGAGAUCUGUGUGCCCUCAGCCAUUUGUUUCUGUACAGAGGCUGUUUACAAGGGAGAUGACUGAGGUCAGGAGGGGAGAGAACGAGGCUGAACCCAAUGUAAAGCUGCUACAAAACUUCACACGGAGGUGUGAGGCUGGGAGGUGGCCGGGGAAGGAGCCCCGCGGCUUUGGCCAGCACGAGAACAAGGUUUCUGCCUUUGCACCUGCAAAACCCAGCGCAGAGAACCGAGGGGAAGGGAGCGGAAGAGCCCAAUCUGCUCCACUGGCAAGAGAUCCCAGAGCUUUAGGAAUUUGCACAAUACGUAUCGCACACAGGGUAAGGCCCCGGGACCCCCCGUGCUUUGUCCGGGGGAUGCCGAGCUGUAUCAAUCUCGACUGUUAAUCAGAAAGCUUCGUAUCGCGCGUCCAGAGCUCUAAAGCCAUUUUGUAAGAUAGCGGUGUCCCUUUUCUUACAGCCUUAGUAACCAGUAGAGUUAUCUUAAAAAAAAAAAAAAAAUUAAAAAAAAAAAAAAGAAAAAGGAAAAAAAAAAUUAGUUCAUUUCUUUCUGUGGUAUGAAACUCGUGUACUGCAAACGUGUGAGCGCUGAGCAGAAGUACAAGUACUGUUUUCUUAAGAGAAACAACAAGAAACUGCUUUCCAGACGGUCUUUCCUCAGGUGCUAAAUAAGGGAUCCAAAAAUGGAUACUGCUUUAGGAGUUUGGGCUUUAUUCUUAAAACACGUAUUUUUUUGCUUAGGUGUCGAUAAGGUAUUUUAACAACAAUGUUGUUGGGUUUGUUUUUAAUGUAAAUAAGAUGACGCGUCUUUAAUUUCUGGUUGAUCUCCUUGUUGUCUGUGCUGAACAGUCUGAUUUUCACGUUAUCCUUUUGAGAAGGACCCUCCUCCCACCUCCCUCGAAGACAUUUCAUUCAGUGUUGCUGCGUUUGAGAGUGAGUCUCCAGCCGCUCACGGAUUAAUGCUGCUGCUGCUAUUCGUAACCCCCCAAAAUCCAGAAUGUGUGAUGCACUUUUGUCCCCUGAGCUCCCCGAGGAGAGCCGACCUCUCCCGUAACGCAGCCCCCUCCACGGCCCGACCCUGGUGCUGACCCACGGGGAUUUCUAUGCAAACGCAAAGCAAAGGAGAACUCUGACCUUGGAAGAACACUGUGCGUUUCUCUCUCUCCUUCCUCUUCUCAAGCUGCUAUUGGAAGGGUCGCGCCAGCCCAGCUCCUCCUUCCUGCGUGGUGGUGAUGUGGGGAAGACGCCUGGGUGCUCGGAAGGUCCGAAAUCUCAUUGAGCUCUUGUCUCAUCGCUGGUUGUAGUGUUUUGUUUUCUAUCCGAAUACAUCUAUGGAAGGAAAUCGGUCAUCUCUGAAAAAGAAAAAAAAAAAUCUGUCUAUCUAUAUAUAUAUAUAUCUUUUUCAUGCUUUAUCCCAGUGUGAAGUUGGCUAGAAGCAAAGCAGCGAUGCUCGGACUGCACAGCCUUCCGCCCCAGGGGGGGUCCACGGGACUUCAGGAAGGGAGAGCCGAUGCUAUGGAGAUCCUCACAGGAGCCCUGGCAUAAGGGAAGAGUCAGGAGGGUCCGAAGGAGCAUAGGAAUAACGCUUUGGGAUUACAAAUACCGGGAUUUCCCUCUGUCAGUGCCAUCUUUUGCCCAGCGUUUGCUCUCUUACACACCCAGGUGUGUGCGUAUCCUGAACGUGCCUUGUGUGUGUGCUCAGCCGCAGCGUGGGGCGGCGGGCAGAGGCUGUCCUACAGCUGGGACGUGUCCUUCCAAACACGACCUGUUGGCGCGGCUUCCGAGGGUCCGGGGAGGGAGGAAGAGGAUCUGCUUUGCUGUUCCACAGACAGAAAUGAGCGGAGGUCCAAAACCAGCCCUCCUUUGGGGUCGGGGUUCUCUGCGGCCGCCGGGGUCUCCGUGGCACAGGGCUUUGCUCCCUUCCACGUUGUGGUUCACAUUACUGUGGGGUUUUUUGCCCAUUUGUUCUUUUCUUAAAGGAAAAGUAAAUGCGCCGUGCGUUGCCCAAGUAGAGGUGUGGAGCGUGCAGUCAGUGACUUGGGAUGUGAAGCUGUGCAAUUCCUGUUCCCUCACCUCUCUCCUUGCCCUCCCAUGCGCUCUCCCUCAGUCUCUCUGUACUUCUGCCACUGUCAAUGUGAAAGCUUGCUUGCGUUAUUUUUUAGAAAUGCAUUUUGCACACUCGGGUUUCGCUGAAGCUCUGUGAAAAGGUUCGUUUGAAGCAGAUGAAUAAAGCUAUGCACAUGUUUUGAAAGUUUAAUUUGUGUCUCAUUACCAGAAGUGACUUAUCUGCCCUCUUUGCAUUCCCAUGCUGUCGUUGCCUGCGUUAUCUUCCCACCGCGGAGGGCAUGAUGCAAGGUGACAGCUCUUUGCUGACAGCGUAGCAGAAAACUGGCGCUUCUUCAGUUCAGUAGCCUGUCUCUCUUUGCUUUCUCUGUCUCUCUCUCUCUCUGUAUAUCUAUAUAAAUAUAUAUAUUAUUUUUUUAUUUUAAAGAGCCUACUUUAGUAAUUGGAGGGAGAGGGGCGAGCUGGCUUGCUGGGCAUGCUCCGUGCCAUUGGGUCAACGCAUGCUCCGUGUCUCUGCACGGUGACCAUGCCCUUGUGCCAGAGGAGGGCAUGGAGCACUGUGGGCUGUUGGCACAUGGCAGCCCUCUGCCCCUCAUGCAGGGUGUUGUGCCCGCAGUGAGGGGUGUGUGUGUGUGUGCGGCAGUGGGGUAAGAGCUGCUCUUGGUUUUGUUCUCGUGAGUGACGUGUGUUGGGCUACAGGUGCCGGCUCUGCAGGCGUGUGGCUGAGCCCCUUGUGGGGAAGGCUGGAGUUGGGAGGAGGACCCCGGCACCUUUCUCCUUACGUUUCCUUCGCCAUGGCAGAAACCUGUACUAACUUGACGGCUUUUUUCAUACCGAACAGGGCUGCUUUUCUAUCUAUCUACCAUCACACGUGUACUUACACACCUUCGGCAGCUUGCACGCUUCCGAAGGGCCUCAACUUGUUUACUGGGGGGACAGAUGCCCCUCUCUCCCCCUCCCCAAAUACUUCAGUGUUAGCAGCAGUGUAGAGAGCUGUGGGAUGGAGCAGGGCCCAGCUCGGCCCCUCCUGCCCUGCCCGUAGCUCUCACAUCCUUCAGUUCCCCAUGUUAAAACCACCAGGGGUUGCGCUCUAGCUGCUCAGGAGCUGAGUUACCUCUGACCCGCGGAGAGGGGCAGCCCCUCUUUGUUGUCCACGUUGAAAUGGUCAAGGUUGGUUUCGUUUUCUUCUCCCCUUCCCGGUCUGUUUGAAUGGGUUCACACACUCGGUGUGCCCGGCUGAAACAGGAGCAUUUUCCCAAUGGUGAGAGGGCAGCAGUAGGAGUGAGCGUGCAACCUGCUGAGCUGCGUCUGGGGCGGGCGGAGUCACGGACUGUAAGGAUAGGGAAUGUCCAUGAGCUGUAAUGGCAUGAUGUAUCUUUACCAAUGAUGUCAUACUUCACACUAAAUGUUUUAAAAAAUAAUUAAAGGAAAAAAAAAAAAAAGUUACCUGAAUUUUGUUUAUUCUGCACCAACAGGUCUUCAAAAUUUAUCCAAAUUUUAUUAUUUUAUCAGGAAAAAAAAAAUUGUGUAGAUCGAAUACGUUAAGAUGGACAAUAAGUGAUGUAAAUCGUUGAAUAAAAAAAUUAAAGUUUA